AUGGCGAUGAUGAUGACUGGCCGUGUGCUGCUGGUGUGUGCCCUCUGCGUGCUGUGGUGCGGUGCCGGCGUUGCUCAUGCGAGGGACCGCGACAACAACGCGCAGGGUGGUUGCAUGACUUCGGGAUUGUUGGGAAGGAAAACAUCGUAUUUGUUGAGGGGUUGCAAUAAAGCUGUGCUGACGCCGCCAUUGCGAUCACCGUUCUUCAUCGAUGCGAUACAAGCCGAGGCGAAGGAAUUAAAAGAAAUUUCUCAGGAAGGUGAUGGUUUGGAUUCAGAUUUAAUUUCACAACCACCGGCACCGCCACCAGCGCCAGAAAUACCACCACCACCACCACUAAUUGAUGCCAGUGUUUCUGAUGGUAGUGGCCGCAGUGAAGCUGGUGCUAACAGUCAAACAGGCGGUGGCAUCUCUGGUGGUGGUGGCUCAAGUGGAAUUUCUCACGGAGAUAAAGAUUCCACUGUGGAGGUUUCUGCCCUUGUUGAUAAGUCUGCAUCCUCCACCGCCAAUGAUGGUGAUGGUUCGCAGAACACCGGAGUUGAGUCGGCCACUCAGAAGAACAAUUCUUCAGGAACAGCUGAACUCUCCGUAAAAGCACCGGAUUUGCCCGCAUUGCCCAAAUUGCAGAAUCCGGAGGUGUCAGAUCUCGACAAAAGUGAAAUCUCUCUUAAUACAAAAGAGACAAUAAGUGUUGAAGCUCCUGAUAGGGGUGCAAGUAGAGGCUACGCAGGGGAGAGUGAAGUAGAUACCAAAGUCUCCUCCAGCGUGUCUUCUGCCAAGAGCAAACCCACAGGGAAACCAUCAUUGCCAUUACUAUCAACGGGAGAAAGUCCAACAACAAAAACAACAGGACCAAACGACUCAGAGGCUCAGACAGAAAAAAAUGGAGAAACAGCAGCUUCAGGAACCGAAACGGACUCUGCAACACCUAAACCGUCUUCAAAGGAUGAUGUGGCAGAGCAACAAAAUCAAGAGAGCGACAGACAAGAUUUGAUGAAGUAUGCAGCUACCGGCCAUCCAGCAGGCACAGCAGCAAUACCCAUCUCUACAGAUGGCAAUGGUGAUGCUCAUGGAACGGCGAGUGAGAAUGGUGACGAUACUGGAGGGCAUAAUAAAAAAAAAACCCACGACGACCCCGAAGCUGACAAUACCAACGUCGGUAUUACAGCCAAUGAGACAGCACCAGAAGCAGUCAACAGCUCUCAAACAAAUAAUACGGCUACAACUGGCGACAGUGACGGCAGCACCGCGGUGUCCCACACCACCUCCCCUCUUUUGCGUUUAUUUUUGCGUGUACGGCUGCUGCUGCGAUAG